UGUCCAUUGACCAGUAUCUCCUCAACGUCCACAUUGUACUUGGGCAACCUAGUCGUCCUCUCGUCAAAGUCACGUACAACAUAGGCCGUGUUAUUUUCAAUCUCCAAUCAUGCAAACACGGUCAUCUCAAGGUUCAGUCCUUGGAAAGCGUGCUCAUCGCAUUGACCAAAAGGCUGUCGCAUCUGCAUCGACAACCGACGUCGCAACGCUGUCGCAGCACAUGCUCACCCCGGAACAGAGCCCUAAAUCGAAACGCGCCCGUAUCUCUCUCUCUGGGGUGGAAGGAGAUUCAAACAAGGAAAACGUACCUCCGUUCCGUAUCGAUGCCUGGAAUGACGUAACAGUGGACACACCACGCUCCAUUCGCACACUGGUUAUAUCUACUCCCCCACCAACACCCCCAGUUUUGCUACUUCCCGUAUACACGCGUGCUCGAGGACUACUUCGUUCGACUAGCACAAGUGUAUGUCCUAUAGCUGGCCGGGAGGAUGAACGACAACGCAUUCUGGAUUUCAUCACCUCCUCGUGGUGCAAUAAUGCACACACAUCCUUGUACAUCUCCGGUACACCCGGAACCGGAAAAACAGCGCUUGUCAAUUCGGUCCUGCGUUCGUUAGAGCAGUCCGAAGGUUCGUACGACCUUAGAGUGAUCUCUAUUAAUUGCAUGGCCUUCAAUGGUCUCGAUGCCCUCUGGGAUCGUCUUUACGAAGAGUUGUGUCGCACAAGGGCUUCCAAGAAUGUUGCAAACCCUUGCAAAGCCAAGGGCAAACAAGCAGUCGAGACGGUACUCUCUGCUUUAAAUCAUAAGUGUGUUCUUGUACUUGACGAACUCGACCACAUUGCAUCUUCAAAUCAAACACUUUCGUCAAUUUUCUCCAUGUCUCAACAACAUCCACACACCCUCCGCAUUAUCGGGAUUGCAAACACCCAUACCCUUACAUCAUCCUUGACGCAGUCGUCUACUCGUGAAGCUUCCAGCGUCAUGACGCUUCACUUUGGCGCGUACUCCUCUCAGCAACUUCUUCAUGUGCUGCAAGCACGUCUGUCGCCUCUCUAUGACAAUCUGGAAUGCCCAGAAGUAACAGAACAAGCCAAAAAAUUCCUUCCUGUCUCAACGUUAACUCUCCUCACGAAAAAAAUUGCCUCACAAACUGGCGACGUUAGAGCCUUGUUUGAGGUGCUUCGUGGAGCAAUAGACCUGGCUGUCACGGGUUCGAAGGUCCCAGAUGCAGACGCGAAUCCUCUCAUCAAUCCACCUCUCAGCGUUAAACCAGAUCACAUCAUUGCGGCUCUCAAGGCGUAUCUACCUUCCACUAGCGGUGGCAUCCCCUCCUCUUCCUUAACACCAUCCUCUACCAGCAGCGAGACCGUAUCCAAGGUCCGUAAUCUUGGCCUGCAAGUCAGACUGGCUCUCCUAUGUAUGCUUCUUGCAUCGAAGCGGAUGGAGGCAACUUUGACACUGUCCGUGUCCACUAUCUCAACGCCUACCAAGUCCCCUGUGAAGCGCACAGGCUCUGCCAUUUCUCAAAAGACUGCUGGAAUUGAUGUUGCACAACUUCAUGCAUACUACUCAACUGUGCUCACUCGUGCGGAUAACGACAGCUUCACUCCAGUUUCCCGUAGCGAGUUUUCUGACCUGGUAGGAAUGCUAGAGACCAUAGGACUCGUGUCGUCGAGGUCUACCCGCAUGGCGACUGCCUCUCCGUCGAAGAUUGGUCGUCGUGCACUCGGCCGAGCUGCAUCGUUUGGUGGAGUAGCGAAGGGAGCUGCGGCAGGCCAAGACAUCAAGCUUGCGGAGACCAUCCGCGCGGAUGAAGUCCUGCGUGGCCUCGGCGUUGCUGAUGGCUCUACUGCCAGUGAUGUGCGUGAAGAGGAAGUCAGGGCUAUUUGGGCCAGGGAAUGUGGACGCAUCGCACGAGAGUCGAAAACGAAGUCAGCGUCUGGUAUGGGCGGUGACAAACCUUUCGAUGAAGCAUUUGAAGAUUAGAUGCAACUAAACACCUCCACCUCCGAGCAAGUUCUCUUCGUUGCCACAGUGCUACUAUGUAGCCAUCCGAACACCUACCUUGCUUAUUUCGUUUCUUAUUACUAGUGUCUGUCUUUUUUUAUGGUUAUGUCUUAUACGGGAACUCAUACUACACAUCAUCUCAUGUACCACUAAACAAAUCACAUCCUGCAUAGUACCACAAUAAUAUUAUGAGUUCUUCCACCAUUC